AACACAGCCAAAAGCCCUGAUCAGGGUUUCUAGAAAGUUAAAAAUAUCAAUACAACUUCUCUCUCACACAACCCAGACGGGAUCUUUCCUCGACCUAGAUCCUGGUACUUGUUCUUCUUCUUUGGGGAGAGAGUAAAAUAGAGUUAGGGUUUUUGAUAUUUCGCGAGAAGAAUGGAUGAUUAUCAAAAGAUGGAGAGAUUAGAUAUGGAGAACGACUACGAAGGUGGGGAAUGGAUAGGGGGAGAAUUCUAUUACAAGAAACGAAAAGAAAGAAGCAAGAAAUUUCAAUCAAAAGAAGAUGUUACUUAUGGUAUUUGGGCUGAUGAUGCUAGUAGUGAUUCCGAUGGUGGUGGUUCUUCCGGUAAGCGCGGCAAGAAAGGUAUUUUAUCUUCUUCUAAAGAUUACACAAAACCUGUUAAUUUUGUUUCCACGGGUGUGGUUAUACCUAAUCAAGAGCUCAAAGAACAAGAUGAUAAUGAUUUGGAGGGAAAACCUGGUUUAGGAGUUAGUAGUGGUGGUGGUGGUAGAGGGGGAUUAGGGUUAGGGUUUGAAUCGGAGAAAGUUAGCGAUGGUGGUGGUGGUGAUAGUGAGAAUGAGGAUGAUCAUGGUUUACUACCUACUGCAUUUGGGAAAAAGAUUGAAGAAGGAGUCCAGCGAAGAAUGAAACAGAAAGAGAAACAGAAAUUGGUUAAUAAGAGUAAAAUACAAUUUGGGAGUAAAAAAGAAUCAGGUGGUGUUGGAGAUGAUAUUGGGGAAUUUGAGAAACAUACCAAAGGGGUUGGAAUGAAGUUAUUAGCCAAGAUGGGUUAUAAAGGAGGUGGAUUAGGUAAGAAUCAACAAGGUAUUUUAACUCCAAUUGAAGCACAAUUAAGACCCAAGCUAAUGGGAAUGGGUUUUAAUGAUUAUAAAGAAGCAAAGAAUGCGGCGAAACCAAUCGGACAAGAGAAGUUCGAAGAGAAGAAAUCAGUGCCUCCAGUGGUUGCUGUUAAGUCGAAAGAGAAGCUGUGGUCUAAACAGAAUCGGACGAAGAAAAAGAAUAAGGCUUACACUACAGCUGAAGAAUUAUUGGCGAGCAAAGAAGAUGGGGGUUUUGAAAUUGGUCAAAAGAUUAUUGAUAUGAGAGGUCCACAGGUUAAAGUUUUGACGAAUUUGGAGGACUUGAAUGCAGAAGAGAAAGCUAGGGAGAGUGAUAAACCCAUGCCUGAACUUCAAUAUAAUAUCAAGCUGAUUUUGGAUUUGGCUCAACUUGAUAUUGAGAAAAUUGAUAGGGAUCUGAGGAUGGAGAGGGAAAAGGUUGUAAGCUUGCAGUCUGAGAAGGAAACACUCCAAAAAGAUGCUGGUCGGCAGAAGAAACAGCUUGAUAACAUGGAGGAAAUAAUUGCAGUGAUGGAUCGAAUAGAGGGGGAGAAUGCGGCUGGCACACUGACCAUAGAGUCGCUUUCAAAUAUAUUUACGGAGCUGCAGACAAAUUACAGGGACGAGUACAAGUUAUGUAACUUGUCUUGCAUUGCGUGUUCUUAUGCACUGCCAUUACUUAUAAGAGUUUUUCAGGGAUGGAAUCCACUCCAAAAUGCGUCACAUGGGUUGCAGCUGAUGGCUUCAUGGAAAAAUUUGUUACAGAGAGAUGAUCCAUUUGAUUACUCAGACGAUGUUUCACCUUACACCCAAUUGGUAAUGGAGGUUGUUUUUCCUGCUGUGAGGAUAUGUGGCACCAAUACAUGGAAUCCCAGGGAUCCUGAGCCAAUGCUUCGGCUUUUGGAGUCGUGGGAGUCGCUGCUUCCACCAUCAGUUCUUCAGAGCAUUUUGGACAAUGUGAUAAUGCCGAAGUUGUCUUAUGCUGUGGAGACAUGGGAUCCACAAAGGGAGACGGUCUCCAUCCAUGUCUGGGUGCAUCCAUGGCUGCCACUGUUGGGACAGAAAUUGGAAAGUUUGUAUUACACCAUUCGUUUUAAGUUGGGAAAGGUGCUCCAUGCUUGGCACCCGAGUGAUGCGUCUGCAUAUGCUAUAUUGUCUCCUUGGAAGACAGUUUUUGAUCCUGAUAGUUGGGAACAUCUUAUCGUUCAAUUUAUAGUUCCCAAAUUGGUAGAUGCAUUGAAGACGUUUCAAGUGAACCCUGCUAAUCAGAAGCUUGAUGAGUUCCGUUGGGUUAUGUCCUGGGCAACUGCCAUUCCGAGUCGCCAUAUGGUAACAAUGUUGGAGGUGGAGUUCUUUCCUAAAUGGCAACAGGUUCUGUAUCACUGGUUGUGCUCAAAUCCAAAUUUUGAAGAAGUUACACAAUGGUAUUUGGGCUGGAAAGGAAUUUUCUCGGCAGAAGCUGCAGAAUUGCUAGCCAAUGAUCGGAUACGCUAUCAGUUAGACAUAGGCCUGGACAUGAUGAACCAGGCUGUUGAAGGUAUGGAGGUGGCUCAACCUGGGGCAAGAGAGAACAUUAGUUACCUACGUGUGACUGAACAAAGGCAGUUUGAGGCUCGACAAAAGGCAGCAGCUUAUGCGCAGCAACAAGCUGCCGCCAGCAUGGGAAGUGGAGUGCAUGUGGACGGUAUGGGUGGGGUGCCCGAAAUGAGUUUGAAAGAAAUUAUUGAGGCCCAUGCACAACAGCAUGAGUUGCUGUUUAAACCAAAGCCUGGCAGGUCACAUAAUGGUCUUCAGAUAUAUGGUUUUGGUAACAUAAGUGUGUAUGUGGAUUCCUUAAAUCAGAAGGUCUUUGCACAGACAGAAGCGGGUUGGUCACUGGUCUCCCUUGAUCAGCUGCUUGAGAUGCAUCGUAAAUUUGCUCCAAAACGGCGCUGAGAACAAAGGGCCUUGUACCAAACACACGUAAGAGCUGCUGAGACCCAAGGUUUUUCUCCUUCCUCUACCUCCAAUUAGUCUUUGUGAAUGAAAAUGUAUCUCAUAUUUGUUGAAGUGGUUGCUUUAUGAAUAAAAUUGAAGUUGAACCAAAAAGAGGUAUCAAACCACUAUUGAAUUGGGUCUGAAAUUAGAGACCCAUUGUGAAGUAAAGUUGGUUGUGGGUUAAGACUCAUUCAUAAUUACCAUAAUCAUUUCCACCAUGAAAAGAAGAGGUUUUACUGGUUUAGAUCAGAGACAAGGAUUUUUAGUUUUAAGGAGCAAAUCAAGCAGUUCUAAUACUGAAGGGCGUUCAUCAAGCAUUGGUUAUGACGGAGAUGAUGUUAAUUUUGAUCCAUUUGAAUUUAAACGUGACGAGUUUAGCUUGUUUCGGAGGAUUGGUCUUGGAUAUUUCUUACAGGUAACUGUCUUAUUCUGUUAAGCAUGUCUCUUUGUACUCGAAUAGAAGGGGUUUAAGCUUUUCCUCAUGCCUAUGCCUACGCCUUGCUACAGUUGUGUGGAAGAUUCAUUCCAAUUGUAAAAUAUAGGGUGAAAAGGAGACCACAUCACCGGCAAAUGCAGAUAUGUGAUGACAUGUGUGGGCGUUCUGGCUUUUUUGAUGCAUCUGAUAAAUUAUGAGGAGACUUUAGAGUGUAAACUGUGGAAUUCACUAAGUAUGCGACUACAUGUAGGUAGCAAUAAAGCUGAGGGGAAAAACAAUUAACAAAAAGGAACAAACUAAUUUUGUUCUAGGAUGUAAUUCUGCCGUUUCUGAAGAUUUUUUUUUUUUUUUUUAAUAUUAAUAGUAAACACUCAAUGGUUCAUUAUGUUUUUCUCACUAUUUCAGUUGUGAAGUUCCUUUGCCAUAUGUUUUUCA